AUGGAUCUGGGCUAUAUUUUCGUCAACGAUAGUAGGGCGUCGCUGUCCGCCGAGUCUAACCUCUUCCACGUACGUCCAGUUGUGGCACUGUUGUACACAGCUUGCCUGGUCCUGGCCACUUCUAUAGGCACAACAGGAAACAUACUCAUCAUUGUCACCGUUGUCGUUAACAAGAAACUUCGGAGCAUCGAGAAUACUUUCAUUGUAAACUUAGCAAUAGCGGAUCUCUGUGUGACAGGUUUUGUGGAUCCUUUCAGCAUUGUCGGUGUGUUUAAAGGCGAGCGCUAUUUCAUAGAGAAUCCGGUCCUUUGUGAGAUCGUCGCUUCCGUCUGCCUGACCAGUUGCUUCUGUUCCCUUCUUAGUAUUGGUGCCAUCAGCUUCAACCGUUACGUCCACAUCUGUCAUCAGUCGGUCUACAGCAAGAUCUACAGUCCUAAGAAAUGCAUCGUCAUGGUCGUAGGUCUGUGGGUGGUCAGUUUCUGCCUAGAGAUGCCCAAUUUCAUCGGCUGGGGCGAUCAUGUGUUCGAUCACAAGACCCGCUCGUGCGUCUGGGAUCGCACGGCUGACUUCUCGUACACCUUGUUCUUCGUGCUCGUCGGUGUCGUGUUGCCCCUCAUCGUCAUUUCCGUCUGCUACGCUCGGAUAUUCCUCUUCGUACGGCGGGCAAAGCAGCGUAUAGCUCAGUCAGGUGACCAGUCGGAUCUGAAGCAAAAGAAGGAGAGGCAAGACUCGAUCAAACUGGCGCGAACUCUCUUCAUCAUCUUCGUCAUGUUCACACUUUGCUGGACGCCGUACGCCUUUAUGGUUGUCUUAGAUGUAAACGACACCUUCGCCAUGGAGCUUCACGCCUUUUCUAUCCUGCUCGCCCACACCAACUCUAGCAUCAACUGCGUCCUCUACGGUGUUUUCAACAACAAUUUCCGGAAGGGGUACAAAGACCUGCUCAUGUGCGUCAGUUGCAAACGACUGUGGGCAGGGGACUCCAGACUGGCUCCAAUGCGCUCUGGUCAGUGCUCGGAGAAUACCCAAAUACAUUCUGUUACCGCCACAGAUGUUUCACCAUCAACACGCUCCCCAUCUUACUUGUUCCAGGUCAAAGUGGUCGAUCGAGAACCGUGUGCGUGA